AUAAACAUGGCAUGCUCCACAAGUCGUGCUUCGAGGUCUGGAACGGAAGAACAAUAUACAAAAAAGGAGCACAUACUGCAGGAACUGUCGGAUUAUGUGGGGUCUACAAAUUAUGUCCCCAGAAUAGCACCUAGAAGUUCAAACAGCUCUGGCCGCAAAAGAAGUCACGCAGCUGCGUCCUGUCUGGCGACGCCGCCGGAACAAGUUUGUGCAGGUGAAGAUCAAGGACAUGCUGCACAACUCCUGCUCUCAAUGACCACCCCGCGCAGUCCCGCUGCUGUUGAACUCACCGGAGAGCCGUGCAACGAGGAGGAGGAGGAACAGCAACACCACCAGCAGCAGCAGCAGCUGCAGCCACAACUGCCGCCUGCAGCUAGGCAACGGGUUCCUGUAACGGCGAGUAGAGGUAAAUCUUGA